UAUCAAACUACCACGUCUGCAGAGGGGAGAGAGGGGUAGAGGAGAGGGGAUCAAAAUAACCCGAGUGGAAGAUAGAGAAGAAAGGACAGCGUGGAGGAAAGGCAGCUUUAUGAACACAAAAAGGCGGCUGCAACAUCUGGAGCGACGCGAGAGCUGAGUUUGGACCACAAAUACGCACAGGCUGCAGCUCCAGAGACCACGCAGUACUUCCUGCUUCCCACGUCUGUUGCAUUAAAAACAUAACGCGAGGAGAAUGCAAAGACUGGACAAGUAGCUCCUUUUGUUUGAGAAUCAGCUGGAAACGCGUCUAGUCGCAGUCAGCUUCGUCCUAAAACUCGUUCACUGGAUACGUUUCUCCUUAGAUAAUGUUCUGACAAAUAGAGAAGUCAAGUUCGAGUCAGCUGUUAUAACAGGAUCCGUCUGUUUUGAGAGCUUUUGGGAGAGGCAGGUGAUGGCACCGGAGCUCAAGUCGCUUGUCCGACUGCUGCUGCUGGCGGUGGUGUGGGAGCUGAGCGCGCAGGGAGCGACGGAGCGACAAGUCAACCCAGAGUCAUGGCUGCAGCAGUAUGGUUACCUUCCCCCAGGGGACUUGAGGACACAUGCCCUCCGCUCCCCCAACUCUGUCACCUCAGCUAUCACCGCCAUGCAGAGGUUCUAUGGCCUCACCAUCACCGGCACAAUCGAUGCCAACACCAUCGCGGCUAUGAAGCGACCGCGCUGUGGUGUGCCAGAUAAAUUUGGUGCUGAGUUGAAGACUAAUCUGAGGAGGAAGCGAUAUGCCAUUCAGGGUCUGAAGUGGGAUAAGAACGAAAUCACGUUCUCUAUACAGAACUACACCCCAAAGGCCGGCGAGUAUGAGACCCACGAGGCAAUCAGGAAGGCCUUCAAGGUGUGGGAGGGUGUCACGCCACUCCGGUUUAGAGAAAUCCCCUACAGUCACAUACGGGACAAGGUGGAGAACUUUGCCGACAUUAUGAUCUUCUUCGCCGAGGGUUUCCACGGUGACAGCAGCCCAUUUGAUGGUGAGGGGGGCUUCCUGGCCCAUGCUUACUUCCCUGGCAAUGGAAUUGGAGGGGACACCCACUUCGAUGCAGCUGAGCCAUGGACUACUAGCAACCGGGAUUUGUCGGGUAAUGAUAUCUUCCUGGUUGCGGUGCAUGAACUGGGCCAUGCCCUGGGUCUGGAGCACUCCAAUGACCCUUCAGCCAUCAUGGCUCCCUUCUAUCAGUGGAUGGACACUGAGAGCUUCGAACUUCCUGAUGAUGACCGAAGAGGCAUACAGCAACUUUAUGGGUCUAGCUCAGGUCCGAAGCCCCCUCCUGUUACACCCCGUAUACCACACCACGACCCCCAGCCCACGUAUGCACCGGACAGGCCUCGAUUUGGUCCCAACAUCUGUGAUGGACAUUUUGACACCAUCGCCAUCCUUAGAGGAGAAAUGUUUGUGUUCAAGGAAAAAUGGUUCUGGAGGGUACGUAACAACCACGUCCUGGAUGGAUACCCCAUGCCAAUUGGUCACUUUUGGAGGGGGUUGCCUACCCAUAUCAAUGCAGCUUUUGAAAGGGAAGAUGGGAAAUUUGCCUUCUUUAAAGGUGACAGAUAUUGGCUAUUUACUGAAUCAGUUCUGGAGCAUGGUUAUCCGAAGAGUAUAAGGGAAAUGGGCACCGGGCUUCCCAAUGAUCGGAUAGAUGCAGCUCUCUACUACACCCCCACUGGACAGACAUUUUUCUUCAGAGCAAACAAAUAUUACCGUUUCAAUGAGGAAUCUAGAUCUGUAGAUGCCGGCUAUCCAAAAUCUAUCAGCACAUGGCAAGGAGUGCCUGAAAACAUCAAGUCAGCCUUCAUGAGCAAAGAUCAAGCAUACACCUACUUCUACAAAGCCAACAAGUACUGGAAGUUUAACAACCAAAUGAUGCGUGUGGAGCCUGGAUAUCCCAAAUCAGCCCUUCGAGACUGGAUGGGCUGCCCCAACGAAGACCCUAAGACGGACGGAGGAAGAGGUGGAGGCGGACACGACAAGGACAAAGAGAGGGAGAAGGAAAAGGAACGUGAGGAUAAGGACAGAACCAGGGACAGAGAGAGGGAGAGAGAGAGGGAGAGAGAAAAAGAAAGAGAGAGGGAAAAGGAGCCAGAGGAGGAUACAGAGGUGAUUAUUAUUGAGGUGGAUGAGGACGAAGGGGUAGGUGGUGGCAGCGGAGCAGCAGCAGUGGUUCUGCCGCUGUUCCUGUUAGUGUGUGUCAUUGCAACGCUGGCAGCUUUGGUGUUUUUCCGUCGGUACGGUACCCCACGCCGACUCCUCUACUGCCAACGAUCUUUACUGGACAAGGUUUAGAUGGAGGAGGUGGGGAAGGAGUGAGGAGGGGAAUACAGGGAGAGAAAAAGAAAUGAGUGAAAGACUUAUUGAACAAAGAGCAAAACAGCAGGAGAGAAAGAGAAAACUGGAGAAAUAGAAGGAAGAGCUAAGACUUGCAUUUUAAUAAAUUUGUACCACUGCCAGAUUCCUUCUGAUCUAUCUCUAAACCACUCCGUCCUUUCAAUGUUUCUUUUUCUCUCCGUCUGAUGUCUCUGCUUCUCUCCUCGUGUUGUGACGCCAGCUCAUUGCUGUUUGUUUUAGCCUUUUUCAAUGCCCUAUUUUUAGUUGUUUUUUUUUGUUCAGUGGUCAGUGUUUGUGAAUUUCCGCUUUGAAUCUGCAUCUUCAUGACGCCCAUUCUUGCAUGUUUCUUUUGAGUAAGCAAACAGUGUUUGAUUGCUUUUUCUUCCCCCUUGUUAGCUUAGACAUACUUGCAUUGACACAAACAUUUGGAAACCACAGUGACAUAGUCAUUGUGUUUCUUAAUCUUCCAGUAAAGUCAUAUGUCAGAGCCAAUAUAGACCAUAAAAGGGAAACAAAACAUUAGCUCAAGGCCUCGUGAAGAAUGAGAUCAUCGAAUCAGAGUAAAGCAAUAAAUGCAACUGUCUUUUCCCUUUUUAUAUCAAUGUCUUUAGAGCUGUUUUUUAUAAUAAAUGAUGUUGUCAUUAUUAUUAUGACUAUAACUAUUAUUUUUGUUGUCUUCUGUGUAAAGAAUGUGUUUUUGUACAUUGUCAUUAAAACGUCCUGCUGGACAGUGACAUACAGUUGAAAGUGGCCUUAAUUUUAUAUAUGUGGGGACAGUGAAUGGGGAAAGGGAAUAUGUAUUGAUGAAACUUGAUUGUUUUUUUUUUUUUACCUUGAAUCCAUCUCAAAAUGAAAAUAAAUUGAAGAUCUGAAAAUGA